AUGCUGGCUGCAAUGUGGUCAUGUAUUACAGACUUUUUCACAUACGAAACCACCAAAUCUGUGGUGGUUAAAAGCUGGACCAUCGGAAUCAUUAACCGAGUGGUACAACUACUAAUUAUCACCUAUUUUGUCGGGUGGGUGUUCCUUCAUGAAAAGGCCUAUCAGUCCAGAGACACGGCGAUCGAGUCCUCAGUCAUGACCAAAGUCAAAGGCUUCGGGAUCUACAAUGACCGAGUGAUGGAUGUAGCCGACUACGUCACACCCACGCAGGGAGCUUCGGUCUUCUGCAUCAUCACCAAAAUGAUCACCACAGAAAACCAAUUCCAAGGGAUUUGCCCAGAGAGUGAAAGCAAACACAUUUGUAAAACAGACAGUGAGUGCAAAGCUGGGAAGCCUGGGAGUAAUGGAAUCCUGACUGGAAAAUGCGUCCAGUGGAACAGUGUCAAUAAAACGUGUGAGAUCCAGGGCUGGUGUCCAGCUGAAGUUGAUACCAUCAAAACCACACCAAUGCCAGAGGUGGAAAACUUCACCAUUUUCAUCAAGAACAGCAUUCGCUUCCCAACAUUCAAAUACACAAAAGGCAACUUUCUUCCGACCAUAACAGAAAAAUACAUCCAGAGUUGUAAUUACGACACAGAGAACAACACGUACUGCCCCAUUUUUAGAGUUGGCGACGUGAUUCGGUACGCACAACAAAACUUCACUACUCUCGCAAAUAAGGGUGGAGUGAUUGGGAUAAAGAUCGGUUGGAUGUGUGACCUGGAUAAGUCUGAUGACCACUGUAACCCUGAGUACUCCUUCACUCGACUGGACGCCAUGUCACAGAAGAAUGCUGUCUCCCCGGGAUACAACUUCAGGUUUGCCAAAUAUUAUAAGACGGAGAAUGGCACUGACUAUCGGACUCUCAUCAAAGCCUACGCUAUUCGGUUUGAUGUGCUGGUCAACGGAAAUGCAGGGAAGUUUGACAUGAUCCCCACACUGAUCAACAUGGUGGCUGCCUUCACAUCAGUGGGAGUGGGCACAGUGCUGUGUGACAUUAUUCUACUGAACUUCCUGAAAGGAGCCGAGCAAUACAAAGCCAAGAAGUUUGAGGAGGUAUCGGAUGAUGCACUGCAUGACUCCCAGAGUAACGGUCUGUGCCGCUCACAGCUUUCCCUCCGGACCACCGACAUCCUUAUGAAAUCGAGCGACUCCGGGGCGUUCUCCAUCGAGCACUACACAUGAGAGACAGCAUCUGUAGAGAGCUGCACACUUAUUUUAGGGACAAACUAUAGGCCAUAUGAAUAUUAUAGAGUUAUUUCUUAACUGCAUGAACACAUUUGCAUGGUGUUAAAUCAAUUAACUAAGAAAAACAAGUUUGGAUAAAGAUGAGAUAAAAGAGAGUCCAUAGGAAAACAAAAUUUUAUUAAAUGUUAACAUGAAGGUUUCAAGCCAAAUCCAAGAAGCUGACUGUAUUAGGCUACUGUAAAGGAGGCCUAGUCUCAGGUUAGUAUAAUAAUUAUAAUAAUAAUAAGUAUAACCAAACUCUUGCACAAAUGACUAGACUA